GCGGCCAAGCUGUCUCUUUAAACUGCUUUCAUCUGAGAGCAGAGAAAGGCAGCGCUGUGGUUUGUGGCCAAACCUAAAGGCUCUAGUUAAUCAGCUGCCUGGCUGUCUGGACUGCAGACACACGAACGUCUUCAAAGAAAACCUUGGUUCCUUGGGACUCGCCGCUGAGCUCGCGGCUUGGAUCUGUGUGCGCGCUUCCAUCUCCGGGCGAAGCGGUCGAGGAGGGGCCAGAACUGGGAGGCGGGAACGACCUGCCAAGGGUGAGAUGAUGGAGCAGCAUCUUUGGUGGCCGCGGUGGCAACAUCAGCUGCAUCAGCAGCAUCAGCAUCAGCUCUUGAACACACCUCAAUGAGAGCGGCGGUGGAAGCGGCUGAGCAGAAAGACGUAAGCGGGCUAACUAUAGCUGCUGGGGAUGUAACCUGUUUGGCUCAAGGCUGCGAGGUGCGUAAUCCCGAGCCGACCCAUUGUGGAGCCGGGCGCAGCCAGCAUUGCCACAGGUGAUUUGGUCUGUGACGGCAGCUGAGCCAGCUGGGCCAAUUUCAAAACAUUCUUAUUUUAAAGUCCAUCUGGACUGGGCGCCACCUGGAGAAGAAGGAAGCCUCCCCUCAAAAGUCUUACUGAUGAUAAAUUGAGGACCAAAAUUUACAAAGUGACUCCUCCGGUUAUCGCCUCUCUUCUAUGCUAGACAGAUGGGAGCCAUGGCUUACUCUUUACUCUUCUGCCUCCUGCUCGCUCAUCUGGGAUUGGGAGAGGUUGGUGCCAGCCUCGACCCUCCGGGACGGCCAGAUUCCCCUCGAGAGAGGACUCCGAGGGGGAAGCAGCAUGGUCAGCAGCUGCCGCGAGCCUCUGCCCCAGACCCCUCUAUUCCCUGGAGCCGCUCCACUGACGGCACCAUCUUGGCACAAAAACUAGCCGAGGAGGUGCCCGUGGACGUGGCCUCUUACCUCUACACUGGGGACUUCCACCAGCUGAAGAGAGCCAACUGCUCAGGCCGCUACGAGUUGGCUGGCCUGCCGGGAAAGUCACCGUCCCUAGCCAGCUCCCAUCCUUCCUUGCACGGGGCGCUGGACACUCUGACACACGCCACCAACUUCCUCAACAUGAUGUUGCAGAGCAAUAAGUCUCGGGAACAGACCGUGCAGGAUGACCUGCAGUGGUACCAGGCUCUGGUGCGAAGUCUCCUGGAGGGUGAGCCCAGCAUCUCCCGGGCGGCCAUCACCUUCAGCACCGAGUCGCUGUCCACGCCCGCCCCGCAGGUCUUCCUCCAGGCCACCCGCGAGGAGAGUCGCAUCCUGCUGCAGGACCUGUCCUCCUCCGCUCACCACCUGGCUAACGCCACUCUAGAGACCGAGUGGUUCCAUGGGCUUCGGCGAAAGUGGAGGCCCCACUUGCACCGCCGUGGCUCCAAUCAGGGGCCACGGGGCCUAGGCCACAGCUGGCGGCGCAGGGAUGGGCUUGGAGGGGACAGGAGCCACGUCAAGUGGUCCCCACCUUAUCUGGAGUGCGAGAAUGGGAGUUACAAGCCUGGGUGGCUGGUCACGCUCUCUGCUGCCUUCUACGGGCUUCAACCUAACCUGGUCCCGGAAUUCAGGGGUGUGAUGAAAGUUGAUAUAAGCCUUCAGAAAGUGGACAUUGACCAAUGUUCGAGUGAUGGCUGGUUUUCAGGAACUCACAAAUGCCACCUUAACAACUCAGAGUGUAUGCCAAUCAAAGGCCUGGGAUUCGUGCUUGGAGCCUAUCAGUGCAUUUGCAAAGCAGGGUUCUAUCAUCCCCGUGUCUUCUCAGUGAACAACUUCCAGAGAAGGGGUCCAGAUCACCAUUUUUCAGGAAGCACAAAGGAUGUGUCAGAAGAAACCCACGUCUGCCUGCCCUGCAGAGAAGGCUGCCCCUUCUGUGCUGAUGAUCGUCCAUGCUUUGUCCAGGAGGAUAAAUACCUGCGGCUCGCUAUUAUCUCUUUCCAAGCCCUGUGUAUGCUGCUGGACUUUGUCAGCAUGCUGGUGGUCUACCAUUUUCGCAAAGCAAAGAGCAUCAGGGCAUCUGGGCUCAUCCUGUUGGAAACAAUAUUGUUUGGUUCUCUGCUCCUAUACUUUCCGGUCGUUAUUCUGUACUUUGAGCCAAGUACAUUUCGUUGUAUUCUCCUAAGGUGGGCUCGUCUUCUUGGUUUUGCUACUGUUUAUGGAACUGUGACCCUCAAGCUUCACAGGGUUUUGAAGGUGUUCCUUUCACGAACAGCACAAAGAAUCCCAUACAUGACUGGUGGUCGGGUCAUGAGGAUGCUGGCAGUAAUAGUCUUGGUUGUGUUUUGGUUUCUUGUUGGCUGGACUUCUUCUAUGUGCCAGAAUUUGGAGCGGGAUAUUUUGCUUGUUGGCCAAGGGCAAACAUCUGAUCACCUCACCUUCAAUAUGUGCCUCAUUGACCGCUGGGAUUACAUGACAGCAGUUGCUGAAUUUUUAUUCCUCUUGUGGGGCAUUUAUCUCUGCUAUGCAGUGCGGACUGUCCCUUCAGCAUUUCAUGAGCCACGCUACAUGGCUGUCGCAGUUCACAAUGAGCUCAUUAUCACGGCUAUAUUCCAUACAAUUAGAUUCGUGCUCGCCUCGAGACUUCAGCCCGACUGGAUGCUGAUGCUGUACUUUGCACAUGCUCACUUGACUGUGACAGUCACCAUUGGGCUGCUUCUAAUUCCAAAGUUUUCACAUUCAAGCAAUAAUCCCCGAGAUGACAUUGCUACGGAAGCAUAUGAAGAUGAGCUGGACAUGGGUCGCUCUGGAUCCUACCUGAACAGCAGUAUCAAUUCAGCCUGGAGUGAACACAGCCUAGAUCCAGAAGACAUUCGGGAUGAACUGAAAAAACUCUAUGCUCAGUUAGAAAUAUACAAACGUAAAAAGAUGAUCACAAACAACCCCCACCUUCAGAAAAAACGGUGCUCCAAGAAGGGCUUAGGCCGGUCCAUCAUGAGGCGCAUCACUGAGAUCCCAGAGACAGUCAGCAGACAGUGCUCCAAAGAGGACAAGGAAGGCACAGACCACAGUGCAGCCAAGGGGACAGGCCUUGUCCGGAAGAACCCUACUGAGUCCUCAGGGAAUACAGGGAGACCCAAGGAAGAGUCCCUUAAAAAUCGGGUCUUCUCUCUCAAGAAAUCCCACAGCACAUAUGACCAUGUGAGAGACCAAACUGUAGAAUCCAGCAGCUUGCCCAUGGAGAGCCAGGAGGAGGAGGCCACCGAAAAUUCAACCUUGGAGUCGCUGUCAAGUAAAAAACUGACACAAAAGCUCAAAGAAGAUAGUGAGGCCGAGUCCACUGAGUCAGUGCCGUUGGUCUGCAAGUCAGCCAGUGCUCACAACCUCAGCUCAGAGAAGAAGCCUGGGCACCCACGUACAUCUAUGUUACAGAAAUCUCUCAGUGUCAUUGCAAGUGCCAAGGAGAAGACACUUGGCCUGGCUGGCAAAACCCAGACUUUAGUUAUGGAAGACCGAGCUAAGUCCCAGAAACCAAAAGAUAGAGAGACCAUCAGGAAGUACUCAAAUUCAGAUAAUGUAGAGACUAUCCCAAACUCCGGUCACAUGGAGGAGCCAAGAAAGCCCCAGAAAUCUGGGAUUAUGAAACAGCAGAGGGUCAGCCUCCCCACUGCCAAUCCUGACGUGAGCUCCGGUAUCACCCAGAUAAAGGACAAUUUUGAUAUCGGAGAAGUAUGCCCUUGGGAGGUUUAUGACCUGACCCCUGGUCCUAUGCCUUCAGAGCCAAAAGCUCAAAAACACGUAUCAAUCGCAGCUUCUGAAGUGGAACAAAACCCUGCUUCGUUUUUGAAGGAGAAGUCCUACCACAAGUCUAAGGCAACUGAAGGUCUCUACCAAGCCAAUCACAAGAGCAUAGACAAGACAGAGGUGUGCCCCUGGGAAAUCCACAGUCAGUCCCUUUUAGAAGAUGAGAAUCGUCUGAUUUCUAAGACUCCAGUUCUCCCAGGGAGAGCCAGAGAGGAGAAUGGAAGCCAGCUCUACACAACCAAUAUGUGUGCUGGGCAAUAUGAAGAACUGCCCCACAAAGUCGUAGCACCAAAAGUAGAGAAUGAAAAUCUCAACCAAAUGGGAGACCAGGAGAAACAGACAUCUUCCUCUGUGGAUAUCAUUCCUGGCUCCUGUAACUCAAGUAAUAACUCCCAUCAGCCCUUAACAUCACGAGCCGAAGUGUGUCCCUGGGAGUUCGAGCCCCUAGAACAACCAAAUGCUGAAAGAAGCGUAACUUUACCUGCCUCCUCUGCUUUAAGUGCAAAUAAGAUACCAGGGCCUCAGAAAUAGGAAGUCUGGGACACUUUCAAAGUGGACCACCCUGGGAAGAAAGGGGUAAUCCCGAGUUUGAUAAAAAUAGAUCUGAAAAUCACAAGUUACCAAGGCAUCUUUGUUAGCCUAGGGAAACAUGGCACAUAGUGCAGUAAGGUGAAGGCAAGGGCUGGAGAAGGCCAGAAAAAGGCAAUUAUGCAUCAUAAGAAGGAAGGCUGACUCUGCCAUGAAAAGCCAGAUCAACACUGGAGGACAGCUUAGCAUUUCCGCCUGUUUAAGGGACAUUGCCCUGUCUGUCUUUACACAUGGGAUUGAAUGGUACCAAGCAAGAUUCACCAGGAGGCAUGGAAGACAGACGCAUGGAUUUUAAGAUGGGAAAACUUAGAUAAAUGUGACUGUGAUUCUAAGUAGCUGACUGAAAAGCCAACCUUCAUUACCUAUUUAACCUUGGUAGCACUGCUAACUUAAUGCACCCUGAUACCUUUUAUAUACACGAUUGCUCUCAUUUUCUUAAAAUCUGUUCCAGUACAUUGUUGUGUCUUGUAUUCAAGCAUUCCAGAUUGUAUAAUUUUUGCAAAUAACUUUGAUAUUAUAUGACACAACACAUUUAUGCAAUCUGCAGCUACUCAAUUGUCAUUGCAACCUACCAAAUACCUGCUAUCAUCUACCAAGUGUGGUUGAGUCUUGGAGUACAGUAAGCUUUCUCUGGCUUAGGAAGCCAUAACAGUUAAGAUGAAAACUUUUAGUUUGGGCUGUGGUUUAUAUAGUGAAGUUGGGUCUGACUCUUUUGUUUCCCACCAUGGCUUGUUGUAAUGUCUUAAUUUUUAAAUAUAAGUUGAGUUGCUUAUUCUACACUUCUUGUAGGGACUCUGAAGCUUUAUUAAUCUCGGAGAUGAAGUGGUCCUGUUUAGUCAUAUGUCUCAGUAAGUUAAGGACAACUUAUCCAUUGUUUGUUCCAAGUCAGAGCUAAAUCAACCCAAUGACUCUUUCAGUAUUUCACAUUAGCAUUUCCUAAGGAAGAAGCCGAAUGAGGAAACUAUGCUGUACAUUGUUACCAACAGAAGAGGCCAACUCUAGGAGCGCCUUAACAACGAGUGCAUACUGCAGGUCCAGGAAAUUGCCUUUCAUGACAAAUACAGAAAGGUCGCUCCUAAUAGCUCCAGGGAUUAUUUUUAUAAAGAGAAAAAUUAAUGAUAGCAUCAAGAUCAUUGUAUGGAUAUAUUUUUAUUAUGCAUACUGAAAAUAUAUUUUAAAUUACCUUAAACUAUUUAUUCUCAUAAACUUUUAUUCAUUGCUUCAUCUAGGUACAGAAUUUGCUGGGCUCAAAUCCCAAAGAGAUUUUAUAACUUGAUUUACUCAAAGCCCAUAGGUGGUACAGGCUCUUUACACUCCCCAGUACCAGAACUUACAAGUCCUUCAAACUGUCCUUGCAAGCCACCUAGCUCAAAAUGCAAAGCCUAAGAUUGGUGUGCAUACAUCAAAGCAUAUCUUCUAGAACUUGCUGCAUUCCAUGCUGAUCUCUAGCAUAAACAUCCUGAGCUUCUGACUUAGCUCUAAGGAUUGCAAUGCCGAAAUAAGACUCUAAAAUCCAGGCACAUUUCAUUUAAAGAUCUAUCACUUAAAACUACAGCCCAGGCUUGAUUUUCUCCCAUCAUAAAUACUAAACAACUGCUUAUGUGACGAAGACAUUUCCAUCCAUAGGAACUGUUUUACCUUUGGUGAGCAACAAAAAGAAUUUGCUAGGAUGAUGCAGGAGGGGAGAAGGAAUCAGAAGGUGGAUAUAAGGCUGUGCUUAUGCUUUGUGUCUAUCAUCAAACUUUGCUCAGUGUUUACUUUUGUAUUCAGGAGAAAGCAAGCACUUGAGGAGUUGGCAGAGCUGGGCAUACCCAUUUGCUUGCUUCAUUCAUUACUCAGGUUGGUGGGCUAGGUUUGGAAAUCUAUAGAGAUUUUAUUGCUAACUGCUGCCUUCAUUAAUCCCUAUCAUCCCCACCCUUCCAAUCAAAGCCUAUCUACUUUGUGACUUUAGAAUUCUAUUUUGAGGAGCAUUUGUGAACUUGGCUUAGAGUUUGUAGACUUGCGUACUUGUUUCACUUGUGUCUGAGAGCUGUUAGCACUAGAUUUGCCUCAGAAUUAAGCAGGCAACUGUCACUGACUUCACUGCACUUCAGGGUGACCCUGCUUGAUGUGUGGCUCACAGAAGAUUUGCCAAAUUAUACCAUAGUGACAGUCUGCCCCUGCCCCCCAUAGAUUACUCUCCACCGCCACAAAUCAGCACAAAUAGCUAGGUUCUUUCCUAGAGCUUCAUUUUCAUAACUUAUCACCAAAAGAAAUUGAACUCUGUCAUUCUGGAAGCUCUUUUCCCUGGCUGAGAACAAUAGAAAGUGCAUACAGUGUGAAGGUCUCACAAACAUUUGCUAGGUUGUCCUUUCAAUGCAUGUGCAGGCUGCACCCUGUUGUUGUUUUAAGCCAGGGUUUAUAAAUAAGUAGAUUUAUAUCUGUCUUAAUAGAAGUGUAUAUUUUAUGCAAGAAUUAAAUGCUUUACAACAUAAAUUAUGACUUGACCUCUCGUAAACUUCGGUGGCAAUACGGAUUGAAUCCCGACAGUUGUCUUGUAUUUGCUUCCUAGGUUUCUGCAUGCGAGUGGUGAUAGGUAGGACUGACAACACACUGCCUUUGACUUCUAGCACUUAGCAGUCAAGAGUUGUAGAGUCAACAAAGCUGUAAGUCUCUUCACUUAACCUGUGGUUCUUCUAAAACUAUUAUCUAAAUCUACAGCAUCCCACCAUGGAAUACCUGGUAAUUUAUGUUGUGAUGUGUUGCAGCAUGUAAAUAACUAUAACUUCUCUGCAAUAAAACAUUUAUAUGAAAA